CAUGACAAAAACAUUCUUAUUGAUAACUAUGAAGCAAAAAUAACUGAUUUUGGACUUGCCAGAAAUGUCAAUAUUGAAACACGUAUUCAUAGUAGUCUUUUUGGAGCGAUUUCUUUUUUAGCGCCUGAACUAUUAAAGAAUAAUAAUAAUAUUAGGAACCUUCCACAUUGUGUGAAAACGGAUAUUUAUAGUCUUGGAUCCUUAUUUUGGGAAUUAGCUAGCGGUCGUCAACCGUUCGAAGAUCUAUUAAAUUCUGGUUCUAUGGAUAAUGUUAUUUUAUGCAAUCGCAUUAUCAAUGGUUAUAGAGAAGAAAUAGUUCCUGGAAUUCCUGAAGACUAUAUAAAUCUUUAUAGUAGAUGUUGGGAUAGUGAUCCAAAUAAGCGUCCAGAUAUUGAAUCAGUUUAUAAAAACUUGGAAGAUAUGAUAAAAUCUGAAAUUCCACAGAGCGGUGAUCCUAUUAUAAUUAGCCAUAAAG